AUGAAUAACAACAACAGAAUAGGAGUUGAUAAUGAUGAUUCUGAAACAGUUAUUUCGAAUGGAGAGCAACGAAAAUCAUUAUUUCAAUAUUUGAAAACAAAAAAAGUUAUGUGGAUCAUAUUUAUUUUUAUUGUUGCUGUUUUAAUUAUAACAAUUCCCAUAGUUCUUAACAAAAGAAAAAUGAUAGACAGUACAGAUAUACCAACAACAACGGAGACGAUGCAAACAACAAGAAAAGAAUCGACUACGACAUCAACAAAAAAAUCAACUACAACAUCAACAUCAACAACAUCGUCAACAUCAUCAACUACAACAUCAAUCUUAUCAUCAAAUGUCUGUGUAGACACUACCGAAAUAAUCUUCAAUAAUCAUCAAUUUAUCUACUCACCUACCUCACAAGUCUAUGCAGCUGGUAUGUUAAACAAUCAAUUUGGUGUCUAUAUUGCGCACGGCUAUGGAAAUGUUACUUCGACAAAAAUUUGGUUAGCAGGACACCAGGAUUCCUUUCCGACUUAUCUUGUGAUGCAACCAGAUCGUAAUCUGGUAGUUCUUAAAUCUGAUACUGGUCAAGUAUUAUGGGCAUCUCAUACUCAUAACAACGGUAGUGGAAAACCAUUCUGCUUGGAAAUGCAGGAUUCAGGAAAUUUGAUAUGGAUCGAUAAUACUUCUUCAAUUAUUUGGGAGACAGAGACGGUACAAUACGAAUAG